AUGCAAGGUGGAAUUAGAAGAAAGAGAGAUUUAUUACCAAAAUACCAAAAUGGUGCUUCCGGUGCAGGUGCCACUCGUCUAACUACUCCAAUGAAAAAAAUCAUUGUCUAUUUCUGUGCCUUAUUCUCUCUAUUCGUAAUGAUGUCCAUUGCCUUCCGUGAUGAAAAUUCGGUGGAUUUAAGAACUGAGUUGGAUAACACAGUUAAAAUGGUCAUGAAUAUGUACUAUAAGGACUACAACGCUAAAAUUGAACAAGUCAGUGAUGAAGAAGCUAGAAAUUUAAAGCAAGGUAGCCAAAUUACAGAGGAAAAUUCAAGUGCGGUUCAAGGUGCUGGUGCCGGUGCUGCUCAAGGUGCUGGUGCUGCCCAAGGUGCUGGUGCUGCCCAAGGUGCCGGUGCUGCCCAAGGUGCCGGUGCUGCUCAAGGUGCCGGUGCUGCUCAAGGUGCCGGUGCUGCUCAAGGUGCCGGUGCUGCCCAAGGUGCUGGUGCUGCUCAAGGUGCUGGCCAAGCUCCAAAUGAUUUAUUAAACAAUUAA